AUGAUGUCCUGCAGUCGCCGCCUCACGGCCCUGGCCUCGAUCCGCCCGCGCUUCGCCGUCCGCACCUACUCCUCAACCGUCCCUCGUCUGUCCGAGAACCGCAUGGCCGCCAACGACCCCAACCCCCCGGUCGUCAAGCCCAGUGCUUCUUCCAGCAAUGUCCCCACCGAUACCAUGAGCGCCUGGGAUGGUUCCCUGUCCGAGGACCCCGCCGUUGCCGAGCGCAUUCGCACCAUGCAGGCCCCGAACCGUUCCAGCACCUGGGCCGCCAGCCAGCAACCGCGCGAGGAGGCCAUGGUCGGACCUCGUUUCGAGCAGACUAUCAUGCAGACUCAGCCCCAACCUAUGGCCGCGAUUGAGCUCAUUCACAAGCAACCCGUUCGCUGGACAAAGAAGCGCGUCGUCAGCUGUGACGGCGGUGGUGGUCCCCUCGGCCACCCCAAGAUCUUCAUCAACACCGACAAGGCCGAGAUUGCGACCUGCGGCUACUGCGGUGUUCCCUUUGCCCACGAGCAGCACCGUGCUUACCUCAAGUCUCUCCCCGCCACCAGCUUCCCCCUCGAGCCCACCAACGACCCCGCCGAGGUUAACGAGAGCCAGCGCGUUACGGACGGAAGCCUGGAGCAGCGAUAA